UUGUUACAGUGUCGAUCAGUCUGCUCCGAGGAGAACCUGGAGCGGGCUCGAUACUGCGAUUCGUCGGCCUGAAAUAGAAGCUGAUAUAAAUUGUUGUUUUGGUUCCUUUCUCAAUUCAAAUGGGAAACUGUGUAAGGAAGUGAUGAUAUGGAUCAUUUCGUUGUGACUUUGGAUGUGUUUGAUCCUCAUCGCUUUACUAUAUCAUAAGGAUCAUUGAAUGAAGAAUGAGGGAAUCUGAUGUGGAUUAUUGCCUCUUCAGAAGUCUUAUGUGAAACUAGUAACUGGAAAGAAGACACCCUUUGUCCAUUAUGUUGCUAGAGUUUUCAUGCUUGCUAUUGCUAUUCAUGAGUGAGGCAGCUAGUGACAUGGAUGAUGAGAUAGACAUGGGAGGUGGCAAUGUGUAUGUAAUAACAAGCAAGGGUAACUGGGAGCAAAAGAUUUCAGAAGCAGAAAAACAAGGCAAGAUUGUUGUAGCAAACUUCAGUGCAUCUUGGUGUGGCCCAUGCAGAGUGAUAGCGCCUUUAUAUGCAGAGUUAUCUGAGAAGUAUCCUUCACUGAUGUUUUUGACCAUAGAUGUUGAUAAACUAAUGGAAUUUAGCUCCUCAUGGGACAUCCGAGCAACUCCAACAUUCUUCUUUCUGAAAGACGGGGAGCUAAUGGAUAAACUUAUCGGUGCUAAUAAACCAGAGCUAGAGAAAAAGAUAGCUACCUUUGCUGAUUCCUCAACUCAGUGCUCCAAGGACACAGCUCUAUGAUGAGAAAGCAUUGAAAACACUAUUGGCAAGGUUCACGCAGGCUGCUUACUACCUUUUAGUACUGGAGAAACUUGUCGAGGCUAUACAUACAGUAAUUCUUUUGAUGUCUGUGGUGAAUAGACGGUAGUCAUAUUGUAGACGUGGUGCACGCGUAUUACCCUAGGAAAUGGUGGUAUUCGUACCAUUUUGUGUAUGUCAGGAAUUUUAACUUUCUAAGGAAAUGAGGCAUUGAAUUAGUGGCCCAAUAUUAUUCUGCGUUCACCAUUUGUACAGCCUCAAGGCUCAAGGUUUGUAGUAGUAGAAUAUCAUGCUCUAAAUUAAUUAUUUUUUGAUAA